GAUCACUGAGUGGGCGUGUCUGUGGGCGGGGCAUGGGCGGGGCCGUAUAAAAGCGGCGGCGGCGGCGGGUCCCGGCAGUCGCGGCGGGGCCAUGAACGGGCGGAACGGUUGGUGCGCGGUGCUGGACGUGCGGCCCCACGGCGAGAGCCCGGAGAGCGUGAAGGUGCUGCGGCUGACGCUGCCCAAUGACCUCCCGGGCGAGCGGCGCGAGCAGGCGAAGCAGAAGCCGGUGGGCAAAGCCUUCGCCAUGGUGGCCAACAGAUCCAGCAACGGGCACUCCCUGGCCUCCGAGUGCAUCAAAUCCAACGACGGCGACGAGGAGAUCAUCAAGGUUUACCUCAAGGCGCGGGCCGAGGGCGGCGCGAACCACGAGGAGCACGUCAACCAGCUGAAGAGCGAAGUUCGUUACAUCCAAGAGGCUAGAAGUUCUUUGAAGAAGCUGCGGGAAGACUUAAGUAGUAAACUUGAGAGCAGACAAGGAGAUAAGCAGCACGCACAGGUCGUGAUGGAGGAGCAGAAUGGGAGCUGGUCGUGCCCCGACUCCUGGGAGGAGGAGGAGGACGAGUGCUCCGGGGAGGACGUGGAGAAGAUGCGGCACACGGCAAAGAGGCUGUUGGCCAAACUGCAGGAGGCCGAGCGGCGCCAUCGCUUGGAACAACAAGCCUUCGAGCGGACGGUGUCGCGGUACCAGGAGGACGCGGAGCGCGCGGGCUCGGCGCUGCGGCGAGCGGAGCAGAGCGCGGCCGAGAAGGAGCUGCAGGUGGAGGAGCUGCAGAGGCUGCUGGCGGGGAUGGAGAAGGAGCACAGGAGUUUGCUGCUGAAGAUGAAAGAGGGCGAAGCGGAGCUGGCGCGGCUGCGGAGCGUGGAAGGCGACAAGCUCGCCCAACAAGACCGGUCGGCGCAGCUGGAGAAGGAGGUGGCGACGCUGCGGGAGAAGAUCCACCACCUGGACGACAUGCUGAAGAGCCAGCAGCGCAAAGUGCGCCAGAUGAUCGAGCAGCUCCAGAACUCCAAAACGGUGAUUCAGGCCAAAGACGCCGUGAUCCAGGAGCUCAAGGAGAGAGUCGCGUACCUGGAGGCCGAGAAUCUGGAGAUGCACGACCGCAUCGAGCACCUGAUCGAGAAGCAAGUGAGCCGGGGCGGGCACAGCGCCCGGGCGCGCUCCAAGUCGGAGUACGUGAGCAGCAAAAGGCUGACGGGCCCCAAGCCGCUGCCUCUCAUUCGAGUGGUGGAAACAUGAGUUCCAAGGGCUGGGCCGAGCUGAAGACUCUCCCCUUGUUACCGUUGACCAGAUUUCCCCGCUUGGCUGCCGUCCUCCGGCCCCGGCGCUCCCGGCGGCUCCGGCGGGGAGAACCGCGGCAGCCGAGCACACAGGGAGCCGGGGCGGCCCUGGCAGAGGAAGGAGGUUUGCGAAGCGUCCGCGGCGCCGGGUGGCGUUUCGGAGCUGGGACCGGCUCACGGUGCCCGGUCAGUCCUGGCUUUGCUUUGCCGGGGUUGCUCUGCGGGAGCAGUUUUGCUUCUGAAGGGGCUCCAUCCAAACAGCGACCCCCGUUCAGCUUGCAGCUUGCCGACAUGGACUUGGGGUUUAACAAAAACGGAAAGAAAAUAAUCACUCGCACAAAGAAGAAAGAAAUCCUCCUGAAACCGGACUCCUUCCCACAGCAAAGCCCAACGCGUGACAAGUUGGGAGCCUCCACCUCCGAUCUCCAGCACACAUCAGGCUGCUCCGGACUCGGCAAAGGCUCACGCGGCCGCAACCCGGCGUCUCGCCCCUUUGCUUUUCCUCAGAGCGUAGAGAAAUUGUACCCGCUGUGCGUCGUAGCGUUUAAAGCCAGAGGCUGUUUGGUUUGUUCCCCGUAUUUAUUUCAAUGGAUGAUCGGUGUGUUCCGAUGAUGUGGUGACAGGCGCGGUGGCUGCCUGGCCCGCGCGUGAACUGGGAAGCACCAACCGGCUGGCCCGUUGUGACCUGUACGGCGAGAGGAAAGUCGUUGGCGUUUGUACUGACUGUGUUAAUUAUAGGAAACAAAAUACACGUGCCUUAACCCCUCUG